AUGUCAGAUCAGACCACUUUAUCUUCUGCCGAGGAGUCCAGUCUCAAUGCUGAUGUCACUACGACUACUACUCCACCUUCUGAUCUUACAAGCAAGGAGUUCAAACAGUCUACUAUUUCUAUGUCCGCUCCCUCUUCUAUUACAAAACAGCCCAGAUCCUCUCAUUUCGAUCCAUCUCUAGAUGAUAUCGGUUCUGUGCUAGCCAAUCUCAGUCUUAACAGUGUCGGUGUUGCCGGCCCUCAAGAGGAUUCAAGCUUUUUGAGCGAUGUAGGUCCUCAACAGCAGCAGCAGUCCAACUGGUCUUCAUUUUCUCAGUCGAUUCUUCCAGAAUUGACCAAGACCCCGGACAGAAGAGACGAUCGUCGUGUCAUUUCUCCAUUUGCCUCGUCUCCUUUCGUAUUGCCGGAUCAUAACGGCAAGAAUAUCAAUAACAAUGAUGGCAGUGCCGCUGCUAGUGUUUCUUCAUCUUCUUUGGGUCCUCCACUGAUGGGAGAUUCCGGCUCCAAUGCUGCAUCGACUGCCAAUUCGUCCACCAGCAAUGAUUCUCGUCGGAUGACAUUUCCUUUGCAAUCGCCACGGGAUCAGAACCAGGAUACUAUUACUUCUGUUGAGAGCCCAUUUUCUUCUGCAGCUUUGCAUCCUGCUUUUACGAAUGACAUGCUUUCCAUUGGAAUGAAUUAUCCCUCUUUGAACGGGUUUGAUGCUUUUCAGUCCCCUCAAACCACCCCAACUACUCCAUCGCUGGGUCCUGUUGGUCCAGUAAGACCUAUGGGAGCUCCACUGAACUCUGCCUCUUCGGCUCAAUCGGUACCAUCCGUCUCUCCUCCUACUGGCUUUGGGAUGAUGCCUCCGAUGGGUUAUCAAAUGUCAUCACAGACGUUUGGUCAGUCACAGCAGCAGCCAUUUAUGGUCCCUCAAUUUCGUAACUCGGGAAGUGUUCCUAUGUUUGGAAUGAAGCGACCAACCUCAGUUCUUUCUCAACCAAAGGUUAGAGGAGUUGUCCAAGGUGCUGACUCUCAAGUUGCUAGUGCUAACAGCAACUCUGAAGUUGAUAAUGCCACCGCUAUAGGUGUGGGCUCGCCCCGCAGCUUGUCCGGUACGGCCAACGUUCACAGAAAGCACUCUUCUAGCAAGCGUCGCGGAGAGGAUGCUGCGCGAUUUGUUAACGCAUCCCUCAAUGACUUUACUAAUGAAAUCUAUUAUCUUUGCAAGGAUCAGCAUGGUUGCCGAUUUCUACAGAGACAACUGGAAAUUGGUGGCCCAGAUGCUGCCACUCAAAUUUUUAAUGAGAUCCGGCUGAACGUCAUUGAGCUUAUGAUUGAUCCGUUCGGUAAUUACCUGAUACAGAAACUUCUAGAAAGGGUCACCGAAGAGCAGCGUACUACUUUAGUGAGGAAUGCUUCCUCCCAAUUUGUUCGUAUUGCCUUAGAUCCUCAUGGAACCAGAGCCUUGCAAAAGCUGGUUGAAUGCGUUAACACUCAAGAGGAAUUUGAUAUUAUUGUGAACUCCCUUUCCUCUUAUGUUGUUCUUUUGAGUAGAGAUCUCAAUGGUAAUCAUGUGGUGCAGAAAUGCCUUCAGAAAUUACCACCUGAAUCGUGCAACUUUAUUUUUGAUGCGGCUUGUGAGAACUGCGUUAAAAUCGCCAAGCAUCGUCACGGUUGCUGUGUUUUGCAGCGAUGCUUUGACCAUGGCACUCCAAAGCAGUGCGAAAAAUUGAGCUUGAAAGUUGGCGAGAAUUGUGUGGAAUUGAGCACAGAUCCUUACGGUAACUAUGUUGUUCAGUAUGUUUUGUCUAUGGAGGAAAAUAGGCUGCGCAGCCAGAAUGAUCCAGUGUCUGUAACGAAGACUCCAAAUACGAAGCAUUCGAUUGAUCUAAUCAUUUCUGCGUUGAAAAAUAAUUUGGUAAGACUUUCCACGCACAAGUUUGGCUCUAACGUGGUUGAAAAAUCUCUUCGUAUCCCCACUCUGGCCCCUGUUUUGAUUGGGCAGCUGUUGAAAGAGCCGGAUAGUCCUAUUCUUCUUUUACACGAUGCAUACGGUAACUAUGUUCUGCAAACUACUCUAGACGUUGCAGAUGACCAUAGCUUCAAAGAGCUUAGCGAGCUGUUGAAGUCGGCCAUUUCUGACGUUAGAAACACUCCCCAUGGAAGAAGGAUUUUGUCCAAGCUCAUCAGCCGGGGAGGUGCAUCGUCCUCGGUUGGUUAUGUCACUACACCGGGGUCUACAGCAGAAACAGGUUUGCUUGCAAGUAAUGACAAUAAUACACCCCAGCAGAGGUAUCCCGGUGUUUUGGAAAUUUCCGUAUCUAAUCCUGGCUCCAUCAAUAAUCGGGAGGCCCCCAUGGCUGGGCUCGGUACUUUUGGUAACACCAGAUCCUUGAAUGGAUACUCAUUCUAA